CCGGCGGCGCGGUCAGUGGCGGCUCCGACGAUAGUGGUUACCGCCAUGAUCGAGCAGCCGAAACGCAAAGGCCCGGAGCUACCACUGGUUCCUGUCAAGCGGCCGCGGCAUGAGUUGCUGUUGGGAGCGCCGGGGUCCGGCCCCGGAGCCGGACAGCAGCAGGCGACUCCGGGGGCUUUGCUACAAGCGGGGCCUCCGAGGUGUUCAUCCCUGCAAGCCCCAAUCAUGCUGCUUUCGGGACACGAAGGAGAAGUGUACUGCUGCAAGUUUCACCCCAAUGGAUCCACCUUGGCAUCAUCAGGAUUUGACCGACUCAUAUUAUUGUGGAAUGUCUAUGGUGACUGUGAUAACUACGCUACAUUGAAGGGACACAGUGGCGCGGUGAUGGAGCUGCAUUAUAACACAGAUGGCAGCAUGCUCUUCUCAGCAUCGACAGAUAAGACAGUGGCUGUGUGGGAUAGUGAAACAGGCGAGAGGGUGAAAAGGCUGAAGGGACAUACGUCCUUUGUGAACUCCUGUUAUCCAGCCCGGCGGGGCCCCCAGCUUGUCUGCACUGGCAGUGACGAUGGCACAGUUAAGCUCUGGGACAUCCGCAAGAAAGCAGCUAUCCAGACAUUUCAGAACACUUACCAGGUGUUGGCUGUGACCUUCAAUGACACAAGCGAUCAGAUUAUCUCUGGUGGAAUAGACAAUGAUAUCAAGGUUUGGGACCUGCGUCAAAACAAAUUAACCUACACCAUGAGAGGCCAUGCAGAUUCUGUAACUGGCUUGAGUUUAAGUUCUGAGGGAUCUUAUCUCUUGUCCAAUGCAAUGGACAAUACAGUGCGUGUCUGGGAUGUCCGGCCCUUUGCUCCCAAAGAAAGAUGUGUGAAGAUAUUUCAAGGAAAUGUGCACAACUUUGAGAAGAACCUCCUACGGUGUUCUUGGUCACCUGAUGGAAGCAAGAUAGCUGCUGGCUCAGCGGACAGGUUUGUGUACGUGUGGGACACCACAAGCAGGAGGAUCCUGUAUAAGCUGCCUGGCCAUGCUGGCUCCAUCAAUGAAGUGGCGUUCCACCCCGAUGAACCUAUCAUCCUCUCAGCAUCCAGUGACAAGAGGUUGUAUAUGGGUGAAAUUCAGUGAAGAUGUGGGAUGGAAGGCUCCCCGGCUGUGUGACCUGAGGCUCAUACUACAUUAUGACCAGAGUCAUACGGUGUCCAAGCUGACCUGCCUUCAGAUGACCGUCACUAGCAAGCAGCUGGAGGUGAUGGCUGUGCUCCAGCAACCAUUUGUACCCCAUUUACAGAACAGCUGUGGCCUCUGGCACCACCUGCCACAUUUCAGGGAUUGGUUUCUUUUAAAAAAAAAAAAUAAGAUUUCUUCAGAGGGACAAACAUUGGUUUGAGGUCUCCUGUUUUUUGACCUAUGCUGGAGACAGGGAAUGUCAGUUGAAAUUUGUUGAAUUUGUUUUCUGUUUAUUUUAAAUUGAGUAGCUGGCUUGUAUGAUAUUUUUCUUUCUUGUUUGAGUCAUUUUGUAUUAAAAAUCCAAAUAGAUAACCUUUUUACAAGAA